AUGCAGUCAGCCACCAACUUCAUCUCAUUAUCCCAGGAGCUAUAUCUCUACAUAUCGGAGUCCCUCAACUCAAUUCCUGACUUAAACGCCUUCGCGCAGGUCAACUCUACACUCUACAACCUGCUCAAUAAACGUCUCUACCGGCGCGAUGCGGCACAGGCACAGGCACAGAGCCAUGGCCAGGUCAACCAUGCCUUAUUCUGGGCUGCGCGGUACAACCAAGUUGGGACUGCGAGGAAAGCCAUCGCCGCUGGCUCGGACGUGCUAGCCAUGACCGAUGAAGACAAUCUUAUAAAGGGCUGCACGCCGCUAAUGCUGGCUGCCGCGCAUGGAAAUCUCGAGGUCCUGCGGUACCUGCUCACCAUCGAGGAGGCGAAUCCGAACUCGCGGGACAGACGAUACAUGCGCCCGCCGAUUUCCUGGGCCGUUAGAGCGGGAUACAUAUUUAUCGUGGCGGCGUUGCUGGAUGACGAUCGUGUGGAUGUCAAUCUACAGGAUAACAUGGGCGACACAGCGCUCAUGAUCGCGAUCAAUCACCGGCCUGAUCUGGUCAAAUUGCUGCUCUGCAGCGGGAGAGCAGAUCCCCGGGUCCCGAACAGACAAGGCGCCACGGCGCUGUCAGUUGCGGCGCGGAAUCGCAAUACAAACAUCGGCCUGCUGCUAGCGACGCAUCUGGACCUGAUACUAGACGGGCACGACACCGCGGAAGACUGUCAGCAUGUAUUCUUCUUCGCGGCCAGCACAGGCCAUGUCGACACAGUGAAAUACCUCGUGUCAGCGCACGGGGACAAACUCCAGCCGACAGGCAAGUCGGACGAAUACGUGCGGGGCGCAUUUUGGGCGGCUGCAUCGUCCCGGCGCGUGGAGGUGAUCAGGUUUUUACUGUCGUGGACAGCGACGGAUCCCAAUCUGCGGAAUCCGUGGAGACUACAUACGCCGUUGUUUGCGGCGGCGAUGAAUGGGCAUGAGGACGUCGUAGAUGUGUUGAUGGAGAGCGAGCGCGUUGAUCCGGAGAUGCCCGAUGUGUAUGGGGUGACGCCGUUGGGCGCUGCGGCGGAUAGGGGCCAUGGAGAUAUUGUGAAGCGAUUGCUUACGGGGAAGCGGCAUGCGGAUCCUAAUGCGCGUGAUGAGAAUGGGCAGACGCCGUUGUUUAGUGCUGCGUUUUCUGGACAUCUGGACGUUGUUCAAAUCCUGCUUGCGGCUGAGGGCAUUGAUUCCGACUUGCCAGACUUGGAGGGGAAGACACCGCUGGCGGUGGCUACGGAGAAUGGGAAUUUCAAGGUCAGUGAGGUAUUGAGAGAAUAUAAAGCGAAGCAAUAA